AAAAAAGCAUGUGACGUCAUCAAUACGCGACUUAGCCGCACAUGGCUGCCCGGUGAAGUUUUGACAACACUUUCUAAGAAGGUCAGCAUGGCCAGGCAGUGGUCUGAAGGCCACUCCUCAUCCAUCCUGUGUGUUGGGGCGUCUUCAGGCCUCGAGGGUCUCCUUGCCUCGGGCUCUGAGGGCGGAGAGGUCACAGUCUGGAGCCAAGAGGGGACUGUCGUAGGCCGCCUCGCACUCCCCGGUGAAGACGACUGCACGAGCGUCGUGUUUGGACACGCUGCUCCAGGUCACCUGUACGUGUCGCACGGAGAUGCUGUCAGUGUGCUGGACCCUCGAAACCUGAAGGGCCCCGUGGAGGAGUUUCAGGGAGCGGGAGAAGAGGAGAUCAAUGCUUUGACGGUGAAUGAGACCGGAUCAGCCCUGGCAGUGGCUGAUGACUCGGGAGCAGUUCGGGUGCUGGAGCUCCCCGGGGGAAAAGUGUGCAGGACUCUUCGCCGACACACUAACAUCUGCUCCUCUGUGGCUUUUAGACCGCAGAGGCCCAAUAACCUCCUGUCUGCUGGACUGGACAUGCAGGUGAUGCUGUGGGGUCUGCAGAAGACACGCCCACUUUGGAUAUCAAACCUCCAGGAUGUAGCAGAGGAAGAAGACGAUCAUCAGCAGCGUCCCGGCCAGCUGUUCAACCCGCCUCUGGUCCACUGUGUUUCGGUGGCCAGUUGUGGGAACGUCGUGGGCUGUGCCGCGGAGGACGGACGUGUGCACCUGAUGCGGAUCGGCGGCGGAUCUAAACUGGAACGGCAGGGCGCGGUUAAAGCCCACAGCCAGGGGGCCUCACAAGCCCACUUCGUCAGUUUCCUUUCCCAUCCUUACUGGCUCGUUACCGGGGGGAACGACGGCCAGGUCGUCCUCUGGGAACUCGGUAAGCACCCAGUGGUGUCUCCGGAAGUAAAGGCCAAAGCCCCAGCGGCUCCUCGCAGGAAGGGUAAAAGCAAAGCCAAGAGGAAAGAACAACCCAGGGACAAAGCGAAGACCGAGACCGAGAGAGAAGAAGCUGAAGGGGAGGAUGACGUGGCAGAGGCAGCAGAGGACGAGACGGGGGAGAGGUCUGGGCUCAAACUCAGCAUCAGUCACGGGGACAAGGUGAACUGGUUGUGCCCGGCUGUACUGAAAGGAGAACCCAGUGUGGUGGUCGCAGAUCAGAGCUCCAGUCUGACAGUCUACCCUCUGUCCCCAAUAUAGAGUUCUGCACUGCACCACAUGCUCUGCUGUAUUUAAUUGGCCUUUAUUAUUAGUUUACAAGCUUGUCAGAUCAGCAAUGUUUGAUCCUGUUAGAAAUGGUAACUUAAUUAUUUGGACUUUGAUCUUCUUAUUGGCAUCAUAUCGUCACAUGAGGUUUAUCUCUCUUAUAAUAAAACUUUGAUUGCGCAGGCAGAAACCCUCAUUAACGGCUGUUUUAAACCAGUAACCCUCACUGAAGCGUACAAAGGUUACAAAAGUCUCAUUUGUCUGAGUUUUUACACAAUAUGCAACACGGUUUAUGCCUAACUGUUCAUUGGGGGUGCUAUUUAAACGCGAGCUCUACUUUAAUGUGGUUAAAAAGGGCUUUUAAAUGUGUGUGUGUGGUCCUAGAUGUGUUUCACUGAAUGCAUUUUUAAGGACUGCCAAACCACCACACAAGAGAGAAGAGAAUCUACUUAAUCCAAAUGACACAGACAGAAUUUUAGACAUUUAUCAGGCUAUAGACACGGGAAGCAUCUUACAGACAGCCACAUGUCUUAAGUUUCAUAGACAGACACUUUCUGUAAGAGUGAAAGGUACAAGUCCAGAUUUCAAUCUGCAUGUGUUGAUGAUUGAAACAUGCUUGCUGCUUGUUUAUCCUCACAAGAUUAAUGUGUUACCCAUGGGGGCAAGUGCAUGUUUUGGAGGGAAAAAAAAAAAAGCGACAUUGUGCUCAUUAAUCAAUUUGCAUCAUCAAAAACUUUUAUAUUGUCAAUUUUCAAACAAGCCAGACAAGUACAAACAUACACAAAAUCCUAAAUCCAUACAUUCAAUGCAAAUGCACUGUAUUCACGCAACACUUUCAGACAAAGUUCUUUCUUACAGAUAGGCAGAAAACUCUCUUAAUACCAGAAGAAAAAAAAAAAGGCACAUGGCUGACUUCAAUAAAUGCAAUUCCCUAUCUCUCGGCUAUCCGUCUUAUCAAGCAGCUUAUAAAUCACGCUAGCUUAAAUUUAAAACAAAAAAUGUUGAAACUCUGUGACCUCUUCAAUGAUUUAAAUUGAAUUUAUGAACAGCAAACGUUGUAGUUGAUGGAAAUAAUUUAAACUAUAUAUAUUUUCCAAAAA